AUGUCUCUUCCAGCGACGCAUGAGAUUCUGCUGUUCCUGGCGGAUGCGAAUCCACAGGUGCGGCAGCUUGCGAUGGCCAAUGUUGUGUCUUUUAGCGUAAAGAGCCAUCCGCUUCGCCGACUACUGACUGAUCCCCUCACAUACGACGACGGACGUCCCGUAUGCAAGGCCAACGGUGAGCCAUUGGAUGUGCUGGCGCAGCUCAAGGCACUCUGUCAGGACCAGCCCCUGACCAUUCACGACGCUUUUAGUGCACUCAUCAACCUGUGUGACUCGCCUUCGAUUGCUGCUCGGAUCGGCGACGACGACUUUUUAGCGUUUCUUGUGACGUAUAUUGGUGAUUCCGUGUCGCUACUAGCAGACUUGGCUUGCAUGCUCCUUUCCAACCUGACCAAGUUUGAGUCAAUCGCAUCGCGUCUGUUGGCUCUUCAGGUCGAAGAUCGUCCAUUCUACUCAUUCCUCUCGCCACUCGACUUGCAGGUGGCAUUGAGCGGGCUGGAUGCCGACGCGUCCCAGCCCGACUACGAAGAGAAGAAAAAAGCCGUGGAAGCGGCUUCGAAGCGUUUGGCGGACUCCAUGCAUGCUAAUGCCACGGAAAAGCUGCCGGCCUUGAUCAAGCUCCUGCGUGCCUUUGAAGAGGGCGCGACAGUCGAGACGAGUCGCGCGAGUGACGCGGAUAUGCGAAAACGCAUCGAAGCAGCGAGAAAAGAGCAGGACCAACCCGUGGAAAUGGGCGCAGAUGGUCGGCCACAGAUCAGGCGCAAGUCCACAUGCAAUUUCCUCGCGAGUGUGUUUGCCAAUGUCACCGUUCUGCCCCGCGGCCGUGAGUUCUUCGUCAUGCCCAUGCAGGGAGCCGAUCCCCAGCAAGCUGAUGCAUAUCCAGUGGGUCGCAUGGUUGUCUUUACCGAACACGCUGAUUUGAUCCGCCGCGGCGGUGUCAUCAGUGCGCUCAAAAAUAUCCUGUUCCUUAAGCACGCACAUCGCCUUCUCCUCGCUCCUUCCGCGGAGCAGCCAGACCGACCCUCGCUGGAUAUUCUGCCAUACAUUCUCAUGCCCUUGAUUGACGGCAAGGAACUGGCCAAGGUGGACUUGGAGGAUCAAGAGUCUCUGCCCGAAGCAUGUCAGCUUGUCGACGAGAACAAACCUCGAGAGAAGGACAGCGCACUGCGUCUCAUGCUAGUAGAGUGCCUGUUGUUGCUAUGCACAUCGCACUACGGUCGUCAGAGUCUUCGUGAGCGUGGUGCCUAUAUCGUGGUACGAGAGGCCCAUCUUGCUGAGCCGAAAGAGCAAAUUACCGAGGCUAUCGUGCGCCUCGUCAACUUGCUCAAGCGCGAUGAAUCAGAUGCCUCGAUGAAGGACGAUCAAGAUGUUCACGUAUCCGUCGAAGGCGAAGACGCGGACGACGAUUUGGUCAUAGAAGAAUUGUAG